AUGACGGAGAUAACUGAGGACGAUAUGAAAUUGGAGAUUCAUUUCUGUUGUUGUUAUGCAUUGAAAGGCAAAAUCAUUGCUUCCCCACUGUACUGCUUGUAUAAAUCUGUUCCUUUUUACGCCUAUGCAGCUACAAAAAUAUGCAGAGGCCUAGUAACUAUGCGUUUUCUUUUUUUUUUUUUUUUUUUUAACCAGUACAUGCGUUUAAAACCAUGCAUGCAUACCUUAAGUUCUCGAAAUAACCUAUAUUUUGUGAUGAAUGCCCCGUUCGUAUGUGGCUUCAGCAAAUAUUUAUUUAUUUCUUUAUAUAAAUAUUUUUUGAUUUUGAUAAUAUUAAUGAUUAGCUCCGAUACUUGGCCAACCCCCAAUUCUUAUUAA